GCAAAUGUUGCCUUCCACACGUCAUGAAAACAAAAGUCAAAAGAACUUUAACGAAAAUUUACAAACAACCAGCUGAUCCAUUUGAUACUUAAAACGACGAAAUGCCAUUUCUAAUCCAUUUAAAUAAAUUGUCACAUUGCCUUUCUUCCGCCCCACCCUCAACACAAUGUCUCGUUUCAAUCUCAUCGUUCUAAUUUCUUUACUCUCCUUUGUUUUAUGUUUACCUCUUAUCAUGACGGUUCAGCUGGAACGUGUCUUCGUCUAUGGUACACUCAAACGUGGUCAACCCAAUCAUUUUCUAAUAGAAAAUGUAACAAACGGUUUGGCUAAAUUUAUAGGCGAUGCAACUACUGCCCUUCGGUACCCGUUGGUCAUUGCUUCUCAAUAUAACAUCCCUUUUCUGUUGCCAUUUGAAGGGAAAGGAAACUUUAUUUCUGGUGAAGUCUACGAAGUAGAUAAGAAAAUGCUCAAGCAACUUGAUGAGUUUGAACUGCAUCCAGAUGUCUACAAACGUGAAAAGAUAUCAGUUAUUUCCAACAACAAUAGUCUUAUGUCCUGGUGCUAUAUUCUUCAGAGACCUAAGCCUAAACUUCUAAAUCUAAAAUUUCUCGAUAAUUACAACAACAAUAGCUGUGCUGAAGAGGAUAAAUAUAUCGGGGAUACGGAAGAAGAUACUUUUUAUCCAUCUCAAGUAAUGGAAAGUUAACUUGUAACUCUAAUGUUACAUUAACUCUUACAUACGUAUAAGAGUUACCAUACAUUUGUAUAAAAUCAUGUUUUAAUUCGAUUUUAUGAGAAUUAACGAUAAAUCAAAAUAUAUUUUAUCACUUUUGUCGAUGUCUCAACUACUUAUAAUUUUACUUUUUUAAUGGGGAAAGACUAGGGUUUUUGACUUUUUAUGGAACUAUAUCAUUUCUAUGAGGUUUAGGAUCCUGAAAUCAGGCUUCACCACUUCAUCACAUGUCUUCCUAGAGCUCCCGCUUCUGCAAACUCCAUUGAGUGCCACUUCCUUUUACAACUGGCAUCAUCCAUAAACAUCACAUGUCCAUACCAUUGCUGUCAUCUUUCUGGCACACUAUAUCUGAUUCCUUUGAUGCCCAGUUUUUCUCCCAGUACAAGUCUCUAGUUUGGAUAUAGCUUCCCCCGAGCCCCAUUUUAAAGGGUCAGAACACUGCCUAACCGUAAAAGAAAAAAUUCCUAAAAUGACUGGAUGAUCAUGGCUAGAAUACCUUCGAUUAUAGGUCUGUUUUUCUUAAGGAUGAUUGUGGGGCUAAAGAAUGGCUACUUCAUUCACUUCAACCCAACAAAUCCCAGCCUUUUCUCUCAAACAAGUCUUUGAAGCUAUGUCAUAUCCUUGCUAAUAUUCCACUCUUUUUCUACAUGGAUCUAUGGAAACAUAUAGCAAGACAGCUCCUACAUGUCAGCCAUUAUCCUCACUUGUUGGUAUCUCAAAGAUGAUAAGAAAUAAUCUUAAGCAACCUCAUUCCUCAUCUAACGUUCCAAGGAUUCUUCUAAAACACCGUCUUUGUAAAAGAGGAGUCAACAAUAACUGAGGCACUAUGCGGUCUCACUACCUCCAGUGCUAAAAGGCAUACUCACAGAGCUUAUAAAUGAUCAACAGCUAAUACAUUUGAUAUAAAAUGUAAAACCCCUAUGCACACACACACACACCUGAAACUGCAAAUCUGACACAGUGUAUAUUAAGUAUAGUCAAUUACAGCAUCAAAUGGAGAUAAAAACAAUGUAUCCAGUGAUGCUCUGUGAGAAUUUUUUCUUUGUUCAAGCUCUGGACAAAAUAUUUAUGGCUAUUUUAUCCUGAGUUCAAAUUCUACUAAGUUGAGUUACUUUUGGAGUUAAUAAAGGGCCUAUUAGAUAAUUUGUAUUGAUUUAGUAAUUUAGUUGUUCCUAGAUGUACUGGGAGAGAGUUUUAAAGAAUUGAGGCUCUACUCCCUGGAGAGAAGAUACCAAAGAUAUGCAGUGAUAUAUGUAUGAAAGAUCCUGGAAAGUUCGGUGCCCAACUUUGAGAUUGAAAGCUAUACCAAUUUCUUGUCCUGUCCUUUCUGUGAAGAGUGAGAUCCAAUUACUGUAACAGCUUAGGCUUCAUAGACUCGCAACUUUUCAAUACUGUGCCAAAAGACCUCGUGUAGAUAUGGAUGUGUUCAAAGACAAAUUAGGCAAAUUCCGAUGUGAUAGAGCUGAUAAAUCCACAUCACAGCAAGAAAUGCAAAGAAGAACAGCCCUGAUUAACUCAUUACUUCAUCAGAACCAAUUCCAGAGACAAGACUGGGAAAUGAGUCUAAAAUAUAAAAAAAAAAAAACCUUAACAUCCCAGCAUUGCCACAACCCCUGGCUAAAACUGAUAAGAGAAUUUUUACAAAGCCUCCUAAAUGUAAAUGAAACGACAGUCUAAGAAGACUAUUUGAAAUCUGUGAAUGUUUCAGUUGUCUUACAGUUUCUAGAUUUAAUCAUUCCAUGAAGACAUUUAUAUUUCAAGGACUCAAAAUUAUGUGAAAGUACAGAUGCAAGUACAAGUCAACACUUCCAUAUUGUUUUGGCAAUCCUUACUGCAAGAGAUAUAGUAGUAUACUUUGGAAAACCGCAAUUUUCACUGUUUCAAAAAAAUUGCACCAGAGGCUUUCUGGGACAAUAUUCUUCAAGAUUUUUUGUAUUCCACACAUUUAUUAUUAUGCAGGGUACUUAAUAGUACCCCUUUCUCAAGAUUCUUGGUUGCAGUUAUAGAUUCAAGUGUGGAUGAUCACAUACCAUCAUGUCUUACUGAAUCUAGCCUUGGUUUUUUUUCCUCAAAAGAAUUUUUUUUGCAGUGAAGAAGAAUUAAAAAAUUGAAUUGUG